UUCCUUAGUUUUCUUCUUUUCUCUAAACUUUCUCAAUCAUCAUCACCCACAUACUAAAUUUUCCAAAAUUUUAUUCUUUUACAACCCACACACCAAUUUUUCCAAAGUUUUUGUUUUUAAUUGAUACAUACAAAUUAAAGAUUUUAUCAUAUUAUUAUUAUUAUUAUUAUCAUGAUGAAGAGAGAAAGAGAAGUGAUUGAAAGCAUGACCAUGGCAAAUUGCUUGAUGCUACUAUCUAGAGGAAGUGAUCAAUUUAAGGCAACAUAUUCUUCAAGUUUUUCUUCGAAUUAUAACAACAACAACGACAACAACAACAACCGAGUUUUCGAGUGCAAAACAUGUAACAGACAAUUCCCUUCAUUUCAAGCACUUGGAGGGCAUAGAGCUAGUCACAAGAAGCCAAGGUUGAUGGAUGAUGAUCAUGGUGGCAAUAACAAAAUGGAAGAACAACAUCAAUUGGAAGCUCAAAAGCCUAAGACUCAUGAAUGUUCCAUUUGUGGGUUGGAAUUUGCAAUUGGUCAAGCAUUAGGUGGACAUAUGAGGAGGCAUAGAGCUACUUCUUCAAAUUUGAAUCAUCAUAAUGGAAGAUUAUUAUUGCAUAAUAAUAACAAUAAUAAUAAUAAUUCUUCUACUAUGAGUAGUAGUAGUGGUGGUAGCACUAGCCUUGAGUCUUCAUCACCAAAUGGGAUAUCAAAGAACAAUAAUAGUAAGAGAGUUUUGGUUUUGGAUUUGAAUUUGACACCCUUUGAGAAUGAUUUGGAGAUUUUGAAGAUUGGAAAUUGUUUGUGUUGAUGAGUUAAUUAUACAUGUAAGACUUGUAAGGUAGUAUAGUUAAUUAGUGUAUUAUAGGAAGAUGAGUGUUUUUAAUUCUUUUUUUUUUUUGAACUCUUUACAUUUUGUAAUUUUUCAUUAUCACACUGUAAAUUUGUUCAUUUUUAAUUU